CUUGCAUAUUCAGGGCUCCAACAUUGAAUCGCUCGUUUUUCUUCAAGAUUAUUUCCUAUUCCAAGCCCGGACAGCCAUCGCAAUCAAUGAUAUAUAGAGCCCAAAAUCUUAUCAAAACCCACACAAUAGAGGGCCCAAAAUCUUGGGCUAUUGCUAAGGACCAAGAUCAUGCAUCUAAGGCUGAUCAUCCCUUACGUGGCAAGGUUUUGUUGUCCUUUAUGUGGUGAGAUCAUAUGCACAACCACACCUGAUUAAAUUCAAAGAAAUUCGGUGCCUCUUUUCUCGUGCAGCAUAUGAUUCUCUGGAAAUUUCUGUUUUCCAAUCAAAAAAGGCGCCCUUUACCCCACAUUUCCUCUGCUUUUCGUUCUUUACUUUCAAAGUUUAAUCUUGAAAGCUUUCACAUUUGCCCCCUGCUUGUGUUUUUGCUCUCUCUCUCUCUCUCUCUCUCUCUGCUUUUAGAACCUGAAAGGAAAAACCAAACAAAAAGCUCAAUUUUAGUAAGCACAACAAGAAGCAAUGGGUUCCCAGAACUUUUUUCAAGUUGUUGCCAAGAACUUUGAUGUUCUUGCUUUGCCUCUGGUCACUCUUGUUUACCCUCUAUAUGCUUCGAUUAAGGCUAUAGAGACCAGGUCUAGCAGCGAUGAUCAGCAAUGGCUGACAUAUUGGGUCCUUUACUCUAUGAUUACACUUUUUGAACUUACAUUUGCCAAAGUCCUUGAAUUGUUCCCCAUUUGGCCAUAUGCUAAGCUAAUUGUGACAUGCUGGUUGGUCCUGCCUCACUUCAAUGGCGCUGCAUAUGUUUAUAGUCACUACAUUAGACCAUUUUACAUGAAUCCUCAAAGAACCACAAUUUGGUAUGUCCCUCGCAAAAAGAAUAUCUUCAGCAAGCCAGAUGACAUCCUAACUGCUGCUGAGAAGUACAUUGAAGAGCAUGGGACUGAAGAAUUCGCAAGGAUGAUAACCAAGGCUGAAAAAGAAGAAAGAGUGAGGCGCAGCAACAAUUACAUGAUUUUCGAUGAUGAUUAUAUAUAUUGAACUUUCAUAUGAUCAUCUUUCAUUAUAAAUCUAGUUGUAAGACGUUAAGAAAUUCUAAUUAUCUAUAUGUAAAAUGGCAAUCAUCUUCAUGAUGUGGCACAAAAUAUAUAUGGUUUCUUCUUAUGUUAUAGUUUCGUUUUGUAUAAAAUAUACUGAACUUCUCGCAAAAACUUAGGAUAUGCCAAAAUGCAAUUUCAUUUCUCAACAAAACUAUUAAUUUUGUGUUUUAUUUUUAUGUUUUAUUUCAUAAAACAUAAUAUAAAUACAUAAAUUUU